UGCGCUGCCGUCCGAUUCUUCUUCCAUUCAUCAGUCUCAAUGGAAGUUCCUGACAAAACAUGGAUGACUAUACUUCGUACUGAUCCAAAAUAUAGCGAGGGGGUUGACAAGUUCAUAGAAUUUGCUGAAAGAUCCACGGGUAGAUCUUCAAUUGCAUGUCCUUGUGUAAAGUGUGCAAAUCGAGUAUAUGAGAAUAAAAUUGUCGUUAGAACUCAUCUGAUUGUAUUCGGCAUCAGACAAAACUAUGGUUUUUGGUAUUUUCACGGGGAAAGGAAAAUUAAAUAUGAGAGUGUAAUUGCUGCUAGUGAGAGUGGGGAAGAUGAAUCAGAUGAUGAACUUGUAAAAGAACCGAUGAAUGUACAACAGAAUAACGAGACUAAUAUCAUCGACAAACCUGUUGACGUUUGUGAGGAUCACCUAAUAAAAGAUAUUAUUGUUGAUUUGUACCCUAAUGACAAUGAUCAUCCUAGUGAAAAUGAUCAUCCCGUUGAUGAUGCUACGACAUUUUACAAAUUGUUGGAUGAUUCGAAACCAACUCUACAAGAUCCAAAUUCGGAGGUCCCUCUUAUUGUUGUUGAGAAAGUGUCUGCGUUGCGCACUGCUAUAGAAGAAGACCCGAGUAAGAAUGAACUACAGUUGACGGAGUACGCCUUCGGGUCUCAAGGACAUGGUAGAGUUGUAGGUAUGGGGGCAGGCGUACGACCUACAUCGUUUAGAGCAGAUGCUCGGGGUUCUUCGAGUAGUCAUCGCACAUACACUCAACAAUUACGCAAGGAGAACCUGAUUCUACAGGAAGAAAUGCGCAAAAUGCGAGAGGACCGUGAAUUGGAGAUAAAGAAGUUUCGAAAGGAGCGUGAAGCAGAGAUGAUAGAGCUGCGAGAGGAGAAUGAGGCUUAGAGACAAUUGUCAUGUGAAGAGAUUGAAGCUAAGAGACAGCUUUGUGAGACUGAGAGACUGCGCUCUGAGGAGCGUGACCAAAUGAGGGAAAAAAUGGUUUAAAUGAAGAAUCAGAU